CACUGUGGAUUGUUUACACUCUUUCCCUGUCCUCAUCUGGUCAUCAGAAUCAAUCCAGGCAUUCCCUAAAACAAGCAGCCACAACACAAGUCUUUACAUAAAGAAAACCCAAGAUUGCAUUUUCCUAAAGUCUGAACAAAGGCCAGGGUCCUCUGCUCCUGUUUCCGGGGCAGGUCUUCAGGCACCACCAGUGCUCAUUUGAUCAGUGGUUAACAGUGGUGCAGCUGUUGGAGACCCUGGAUCUGCCCGAUAGAGGAGUCUCGAGCCCAGGAGAAAAGAGCCUCAGCUGCCCUGUUGGAGCUGACUAUUGGAGAACUUCCCCAGGGGCAUUUUUUUCCCAACAGAAAGAUGGUGAAGUGGUUGAGUGUCAUCCUUGCAGUGACCUUGAUGAUGGACUGGAGAAGCUGGGCUCUAGAGAGCUGUCUUCAGGAGCAACAGAGGCUCAAGGACCAACUGAGACUCCUGGAGGCUCGGGUCAAGCAGCAACAGACAAAGAUUGAACAGCUCCUUCGGGAACAGGAGCUUCAGUUGCUUGACAGAGGAGAAGAAAAGAGCUUCCGCCAUGUUGGAGGAAAGAGGCAAUAUGCAGACUGUUCAGAGAUAUUCAAUGAUGGACACAAGCUCAGUGGUUUCUACAAAAUCAAGCCCAUGCAAAGCCCGGUGGAGUUCUCGGCUUACUGCGACAUGACAGAUGGAGGAGGCUGGACAGUGGUUCAAAGGCGUGUGGAUGGCUCAGAGAACUUUGACAGGAACUGGGCCGACUAUGAGAAAGGUUUUGGAAAUUUCGUCCAGAAAAAUGGCGAAUACUGGCUUGGGAAUAAAAAUCUCCACUUCCUGACCACCCAACGAGACUACACUCUGAAGAUCGACCUGGCUGACUUCGAAGGAGAGAGCCGUUUCGCCCAGUACGAAAGCUUCCGAGUGGGCGACGAGCAGAGCGCCUACGAGCUGAGCUUCCGGGAGUACUCGGGCACCGCGGGAGACGCCCUGUCGGGGAGCUUCCAUCCUGAGGUCCAGUGGUGGGCCAGCCACCUGCGGAUGAAGUUCAGCACCAGAGACCGAGAUAACGACAACUACUCGGGCAACUGUGCGCAGGACGACAAAGGGGGCUGGUGGUACAACAGGUGCCACUCAGCCAACCUCAACGGUCUGUACUACAGAGGGGCCUACACCGGUGACACGGACAAUGGCAUCGUUUGGUACACCUGGCAUGGCUGGUGGUAUUCCCUGAAAUCGGUCGUUAUGAAGAUCAGGCCCCGUGAUUUUGUGCCCAAUGUCGUCUAACUAUGCAUUCGAGCUCUGGCUUCUCCAUCAUUCUUCUGUAUUAAAACUCACCUGCCAUCCCAAGUGGGCGAUGGAGCUUGGCCAAGGC